AUGUGUCCAAUCAAAAAGAUUGCAGUUAUUGGUGGAGGCCCGGCUGGGCUAAUUGCUGCUAACGAUCUCUUUAAAGAAUCAGAAAGACAAAGGUGGGAGGUGGUGGGCUUUGAGACCAGAAAUUGUUUAGGAGGAGUGUGGAGUGACAAGCCGGGUUCGGGAAUAGACUCUCCUCAGGUCUUUGAAGAAUUGAGAAAGUUGCCGCACAACUUAGGAACUAGCUAUUCACCAGAGGAUAUCUUUCAAUACGGAUCGCCGCUCGUGAGUAAUGGUCGUAUUGCAAGCCUUCGGCCUUUCAAUGGUACGAGUGUGACAAAGCCUUUACGACUAGUGCACAAACAUCUUCCAAGAGAUGGAUUGAUUAAUUCGUCAAAAACUGGAGUCUACGAUGGGCUCAUGACAAACGUUCCUGGCGAAUUGAUGGCGUUUGGCCCCGAAAAUUUGAAUACAUAUGCUUCGCGAAACGCCGAUAUCUCACCUCUGGUCACCCUUGACCAGGUGCAGAUGAACUUUGAAAAGUUCAUCGAGGAAUCUGAAGGAUCGAAAACAUUCAGGAAAAACACAUGCAUUGAGUAUCUGGAUAAAAUUUCCCCUGAUAAAUGGGUUAUAGUUGCUAGGCGUCAUCCACCGGGAAGUGAGCAAGAUGAGUGGUACAUGGAACUGUUUGAUGCUGUUGUUAUUGCCAACGGCCACUUUACGUGCCCAUAUGUUCCUUUUUACAUGAGUAACUUAACUGGCGUUGAAUCUGGCAUUCACGAGUUCAACACACAAUUUCCCAACGUCUUGUCGCACGUUAGAGAUCUUGACCUUUGGUACAACAAGCGUUUUCCUCAACUGAAGGAGGAAGUUUUACUCGAUAAAAGGCGAGUCGUGAUUGUAGGCAAAAGUUUCAGUGCUAUGGACGUUUUGAAGCGGCUUGUCCCAAUUCUGGACAAAGCCCAAGGAAACCUUGAAAUAAUUCUGUCAUCGAAUACCCCACCUAUGCCCGAAAAUACUGCUAAUCCUUUUUAUUGGUUCGAUGAGUGGCUUUCAAAGACGUCAAAAGUUGAGGUGAAGGGUCCAAUUGCCAAGUUUGUGUCAUCUCAUGAUAUGCCUGCUCUACAGUUUCAAGAUGGCAGCAUUUUUGACAAUAUUUCAGAUGUAAUUUUUGCCACAGGAUACCUUUACACCUUCCCUUUUAUAUCAAAGAGGCUUUUAGAAAGCUAUCGUGUGUUGAUUACCCCCGAUUCGCGAAACUUUGACGCUGCGCCAUCUAAUGUGUCUCGUGUAACGGGCCUCUACCUGCAUACUUUUUCUAUUGCAGACCCCACAAUGGGAUUCGUUGGCGUCUCAAGCAAUGCUAACUUCCAAUCGUUUAACAUUUCUUCUCAAGCCUUAACAGGCGUAUGGUCUAGGUUUAACAACCUUUUUAACGAGGAAGCCCCUCAGGAUGGUCCGAUCUUCAACUCUAUAUGGUCCAAGGUUCUGCCCUCUGUUCAAGAACAACUCAAGUGGUCACAAAAUAGACUACUAAAAACCGGCAACAACGGUGCCUUUCACUUUUAUUACCCAUUACCAGCGCUUAAGGAGGAGUGGUUGGACUAUUGCAAGCCCCUCUUCAGAGAAAACCACCGAAACACCAUGUUAUUUCCUGAUAACUCGGCUGAUUUGUCCGAGAAAGGAAUUCAAACGCUGAAAGCUAGGUUUUUUGACACAAUGGGGCCUGAACAUUUAUAA